AACUGACGUAAUACACGUGAAUUUUGAGCAUGUUGAAGGUGUUCUCGUUUCCUUUCUCCAAAACUCUUCAGAUAGCAAGACUUGGUCAAGGAUUGUUGGAAAACAAAUGUUUUGAAAAAGCAGGAAACUCCCUGAGAAGAUUUUCAGUGUGUUCAAUUCUACAGGAUGAUAAAGGAAGUUUAGAUAAAUUGCUCCAAGCCAGGAGUACCAGAAACAGAACAGAUAAGUACAGAACAAACAGAAGUGAAGACUACUUCAUUGGUAAUGGUGUCAGGAGAAAUGUAGGAUAUGGGGAUUCCUGGAAUGAUUUUCUUGGUGAUACACCAAAAGAAAAACAAGAGUUUACUGAAUUGGAGAAAAACUUCUAUUUGGAGCAUGAAGCUGUCAGAGACAUGACAGAGGAGGAGGUCAAGAUAUUCCAUGAAAGACAUAAUGUAAAGGUGUACGGGGAUGUUCCUAACCCUGUGUUAGAUUUGGAUCAUGUUAACUUUCCAGAGGAAAUAAAGACAACGCUUGCAAAGCAUGGAAUUACUACUCCUACAGCGAUACAAUCUCUGACAUGGCCUAUUGCUUUAUCGGGACUCGACAGUGUAGGGAUUGCACAAACUGGGUCAGGGAAAACACUGGGGUUCAUGUUACCAGCAGUAGUGCAUACACUGAAUCAGAAAACAACCAAACAAAGGUUUCCAAGACGACCUAGGGUACUGAUUUUGGCACCAACAAGAGAGCUGACUCAACAAAUUGCCUCAGUCUCCUUCCCAUACUGUAAGCCAUUUAAUCUAAGGACUGGUUGCUUGUAUGGUGGAUCCUCCAAGUCAAAACAAAUGCAGGAAAUUUUAGGUGGUCUAGAUAUCAUUGUUGCUACACCGGGAAGGCUGUUAGAUAUUCUGAGGGAACAGACCAUGUUGUUAGAAGAUGUGUCAUACUUAGUGCUGGAUGAGGCGGACAGAAUGUUGGACAUGGGGUUUGAACCUCAGAUUAGGAACAUUAUGAAAUAUUUAAGUCCAUUCAGACAGACGACAAUGUGGAGUGCUACUUGGCCUAUAGAAGUGAAAAAUCUUGCCCAGGACUUCAUGUCUAAUAAUGUACAAGUUCGUUUGGGCCAUUAUGACUUAACCAUUAAUAAAAAUAUCAAUCAAAAGGUGAUCUUGGUUGAUGAUGAAAACGAUAAACUAUACAAAUUUGUGGAUGAAAUGAAGCCAGUCUUAAGUGAGCCAAAUGCUAAAGUUCUUAUGUUCACCAACACCAAAGCAAAGGCAGAUAAUCUAGCAUUUAAGUUACAAAAAGCUCUCAGGAAGAAGAUAGUAGCCAUACAUGGGGAUAUUGGUCAGUUUGGUAGAGACAGGGCACUGAAAGAUUUCAGGCUUGGAAUGGUACCGAUCCUAGUGGCUACCGAUGUAGCAGCAAGAGGGAUAGAUGUUACAGAUAUUACACAUGUAGUGAACUUUGAUUUUCCACGAGAUUUGACGGAUUAUGUCCACAGAGUGGGACGUACUGGACGAGCAGGCCGGAAAGGCGAAGCUAUCUCAUUUUUCUGUCUGCAUGAACAACCUAAUAUAGUGAACAAACUUGUAAAUAUACUUAAAGAGAGUGGACAAGAUAUUCCUGAAGAGUUAAUGGAAGCUGCUCAAGCAAGCAAAUAUUCAAGAAACUAUGAAUCUAGUAGACGAUAUGGCAGUAGUAGAUUUGGAGGAAGUCGACACAAUGACAGUAGAUAUGGAAGCGGGAGACAGCGAGGUAGUGGAUUCAGUAGAAAUGACAGAACUAGAUAUCAGAGGGACAACAGAUGGACAAAUUAUGAUGAAUGAUAUCAGAUGUAAUUAGGAUAACAAAUUAAUGAGGUCUUGAGGCUCAAUUCUUUACAAGACUAUAAAAGCAUGUGGGCUCAAAAUUUAAUGCAUGGAUUUCCAUGAUUAGUUUACAAGGCUCACCGACAUCAAGAAGAAAUGAGAAUCAAACCUGGAUCUUGCUGUUUUGUGUAUUGAAAUCUAGACACAUCACAAUGAAUGCCAGAUGUUAUGAAUGUUUGCCACUACCACUCUAGAUGAAAUGAUUCAUCGCUAAAAAUACCAGGCAUCAGCUGGUCAAGUUGAAAAUCCUAAUGAUCUGAUAUAUUAUUUAGUACAUUGUAUGUCAGAAUGCUAUUUCUGUGAUAUAUUUUUUAAUUCCAUGCAUCUGAAAAAUAAGCCAUGAAUUGCUCAGAAGAGCUACAUUUAUCUCUUGAUUGACUGUAAAAAAUAAAUUACCUAAAAAAUAUUUGCUACUAGAUUUUAGGUAUCUCGCAACCAUUUUUUUUUUGCUAUUGAUGCAAGAUAUAUUUGUAGUCUUUGAUCAGUUUAAGUUUUUACAAUAUAACAUGUAUCUGAAAUCAUUGUAUGAAUUAAAUUGUAUGUGAAACCCUCAUAUUUUGUGUAGUGAAUGUCUGAUGAACUAGGUAAUUACAACAUGGGCAUCUACAUUUCACAGCAUGUCCCAUUUUGCCUCAACAAAUACACCACUUUUACAUGUAUGUGUACAUCUUAGUCAAGAUGAAAUUAAAUGUAGCAAAUGCAA